AUGGCAGGACUAUUCAAUCUGAAAAAUAUAAUCGCCUUGACCCCCCUCAUCCUCCCCCUCCCUCUCCCAACCCUCGCCCAAUCCAACUACCCAGACUGCACCACCGGCCCCCUAAGCCAACUGCCCAUCUGCGACACCUCCCUAGACGCACAAACCCGCGCCAAAUCCCUCGUCAACGCCUUAACCCUCACCGAGAAAAUCAACAACACAGGCCACGAAGCAGCCGGUGCCCCCCGUCUCGGCCUCCCAGCUUACAACUGGUGGAACGAAGCCCUGCACGGCGUCGCCGACAAACACGGCGUCAGUUUCGAAGAAGACGGCGAGUUCAGCUAUGCAACCUCGUUUCCUGCACCCAUAGUCCUGGGUGCUGCCUUUAACGAUGAUCUCGUGCGAACUGUUGCGGAGAUCAUAAGCACCGAGGCGCGCGCGUUCUCCAAUUCAGACCACGCCGGCCUGGAUUACUGGACCCCGAAUAUCAAUCCGUUUAAGGAUCCGCGGUGGGGACGUGGGCAGGAGACGCCCGGCGAGGAUCCGUUGCAUUGCUCGCGGUAUGUGAAGGGGUUUGUGGGCGGGUUGCAGGGGGAUGACCCUGAGAACCCGAAGGUUGUUGCGACGUGCAAGCACCUCGCUGCGUAUGAUCUGGAGGGCUGGGGAGGGGUGAGCCGGUUUGAGUUCGAUGCGCAGGUGUCGGCGGUUGACCUGGUCGAGUAUUAUCUGCCCUCGUUUCGGACUUGCGCUGUUGAUGCCAAUGUCGGCGCGUUCAUGUGCAGCUAUAAUGCCCUGAAUGGGGUGCCGGCUUGUGCGGAUCGGUAUCUGUUGCAGACUGUGCUGAGGGAGCAUUGGGGGUGGGAGGCUCCUGGACAUUGGGUGACGGGGGACUGUGGCGCUGUUGAACGUAUACAGACGGCUCAUCACUAUGUGGACAGUGGUCCUGAGGCGGCGGCGGCGGCUUUGAAUGCUGGGGUGGAUUUGGACUGUGGGACAUGGAUACCAGAUUAUCUUGGUGAGGCGCACAAGCAGGGUCUGGUCUCGAAUGAGACGUUGGAUACGGCUCUGACUCGGCUGUAUACGUCGCUGGUGCAGCUGGGGUACUUUGAUCCUGCGGACGACCAGCCACUGCGCUCCAUUGGGUGGGAGGAUGUGUCAACGUCUGAAGCGGAGAAGGCUGCUUGGGCUGUUGCGACACAGGGAACUGUUCUCCUGAAGAAUGCUGAUCGAACUCUUCCACUGAAGCGGAAUGGCACUCUGGCGUUGGUCGGGCCAUAUAUCAACCUCACGACGGAGUUACAGAGCAACUACGCCGGUCCGGCCAAGCACAUCCCAACCAUGAUCGAGGCCGCGAAACAGCUGGGAUAUAACGUACUCACAGCUCAAGGGACAGAGAUAGACUCAACUAGCGAGGACGGCUUCGAAGAUGCUCUGAACAUCGCAGCAGAAGCAGACGCCGUUCUAUUCUUCGGCGGUAUCGACAACGGCAUCGAAGAGGAAUCACUAGACAGAACCAGCAUCGACUGGCCUGGCAACCAGCAAGGCCUCAUCCUCCAACUAGCCGAGGUCGGCAAGCCUCUGACCGUCGUCCAGUUCGGUGGAGGCCAGGUAGACGACUCACAGCUGUUAUCUGCGGAUAAUGUCGGUGCAAUCGUCUGGGUAGGAUAUCCCAGCCAGGCCGGUGGCACUGCAGUCUUCGAUAUCCUCACCGGCAAGACCGCUCCGGCUGGUCGACUCCCAAUCACGCAAUAUCCAAAAGAAUACGUAGACGAGGUGCCGAUGACCGAUAUGAACCUGCGCCCUGGGACAGAUAACCCCGGACGGACCUACCGGUGGUACGAAGAGGCCGUAUUGCCAUUUGGCUUUGGAUUGCACUACACCACAUUCAACGUUUCUUGGGCGAAGAAGGAUUUCGGAUCCUACAACGCUGCUUCUCUCACGGAGGGAGAGCAGCCGUAUCUUAAUGUGGUCGAUACGUUCUCGCUGGCUGUUACGAACACCGGAGGCACUGUAUCCGACUACGUUGCCCUGGUAUUUGCUAGAUCUACGGAUGCCGGUCCUCAGCCUGCUCCUAUCAAGACACUCGUCGGAUACACACGAGCUAGCAAGAUCAAGCCGGGAGAGACGCGGAAGGUCGAUGUGGAAGUCACCGUAGCGCCAUUGACUCGCGGUCGCUCGGAUGGAGGCGUUGUUCUUUAUCCUGGGAAGUACACCUUGCUGGUUGAUGUGGAUGAAGAGUUUCCUACUUCUGGGUUUACGAUUAAAGGCCAACCGCAGGUGAUUGAGCGGUUGCCCUUGUCGACUAACAGUACCACAGCGGCAAGAGAUUUGUAA